ACCAUGCCACUGAUACCUGCAUGUGUGCUGCUGCUGAUGCUGGGGGGUGAUGCUAUGGGUGGGGGUUAUGCCCCUGUACCCCAUAUGAAGUACAUGCAGCCUAUGAUGAAAGGACCUGUUGGACCCCCCUUCAGAGAAGGGAAGGGUCAGUAUCUUGAGUAUCCACCUGCAAUGGAUGUGAAAGGGGAGCCUGGUCCACAGGGGAAGCCAGGACCCAGAGGUUCACCUGGGCCCCCAGGAUUACCAGGAAAACCAGGAAUUGGAAAACAAGGUCUUAAUGGUCAGCCAGGACCACAAGGGCCAGCAGGAUUACCAGGAAUUGGAAAGCCAGGACUGCCAGGUCUGCCAGGAAAAAUUGGGCCGAAAGGCCCAUCAGGAAUAGAUGGCGAUAAGGGACUUCAAGGUGAGCCUGGACUAAGGGGGUUACCUGGGCAACCGGGGUUACCUGGUCCUGCAGGUCUCUCAUCAAAUGGAAAACCAGGCCUUCCUGGAGUUCGAGGCCCACCAGGAACCAGGGGUGAUCCAGGACCUAAGGGCAGUCAGGGUAUCCCUGGUGAAAAAGGAAUCAGGGGUGAAAAUGGCAAUGGUAAACCAGGUCCACCAGGCCUCAGGGGACCCAAUGGCCUUCAAGGACCUCCUGGAACUCCUGGCAUACCAAGUGUAGGAAAGCCUGGGUUCAGUGGUCAACCUGGGCCUUCUGGACUUAAGGGAGACCAAGGGCUUCCAGGGAAUCAGGGUCCUCCAGGUGAACGUGGGUCUACUGGAGGACAAGGACCACCAGGGCCAAUUGGGGUGGGGAAACCUGGGUUGGAUGGUGUUCCUGGUAGACCCGGUCAAAAUGGACCAAAGGGUGAAUCAGGUCCAAGGGGUGCUGCUGGGUUCCCUGGGGCUCCUGGCUAUGGUAAACAUGGUCUUGUAGGGCAGAAAGGAGACAGAGGUCUCUCUGGAUUACCAGGAGCUCCUGGUUUUAAAGGAGAACCUGGAAUAGAAGGUGCACCUGGUGAUAAAGGGUUAACUGGGGAGUCAGGCUCCCAGGGUCUACCGGGUCCAAUGGGUCUUCCAGGAAAACAUGGCAUGCCAGGUCUGAAAGGAGACUUGGGUCCCCAGGGGCCUUCAGGCUUACCAGGAAUUAGAGGGGAUCAGGGUCCUAGUGGGUUUGCAGGUAAGCCUGGCCUCCCAGGAGAUAAAGGAUUUCCUGGGCCAAAUGGAGCCACAGGAAAACCAGGUCCUAAAGGUGAUGGUGGUCAUAUAGGUUUGCCUGGAAAUACUGGACUGCCUGGGCCACAAGGGCCCAAAGGGGGAAAUGGUCUUUCAGGGGUUCCAGGGGCACGUGGCAUAGCUGGAAUUCCUGGAUUACCAGGCCCCACAGGUCAUAUGGGACCUCAGGGCAUUCCAGGGAUAAAGGGAGAGCAAGGGCCACCAGGACCACCAGGGAAUGGAAAGAAUGGAGAUCAGGGAAUAUCUGGUCCACAGGGACCACCAGGAAAACCAGGCCAAGCUGGAAUUAGUGGUCCCAGAGGGCUUCAAGGUCCACCUGGUCCUCCUGGUCCACCCGGCCUUUCCAACAAUGGGGAUGCCAGCGUGGCAGGUCCUGACAUUGGAGGACAAACAGUACCUGGCAUGGGUGUUGAUAAAUCAAAGUUAUUAGCUCCUGCUUUUACCGCUAUACUCACCACACCCUUCCCACCAUCUGGAAUGCCUGUUAAAUUUGACAAGACUCUCUACAAUGGACAGAAUGCUUACAACCCCGCCACUGGAAUUUUUACCAGCCCAGUGCCUGGAGUUUACUACUUUUCUUAUCAUGUGCAUGUAAAGGGAACCAGCCUUUGGGUGGCACUAUACAGAAACAAUGUGCCUGCCACAUAUACCUACGAUGAAUACAAGAAGGGCUAUAUGGACCAAGCAUCGGGUAGUGCAGUCCUGGAGCUAAAAAAGAACGACCAGGUUUGGGUGCAGAUGCCAUCUGACCAAGCGAAUGGGCUUUACUCCACCGAGUAUAUUCAUUCAUCCUUCUCAGGGUUCCUACUGUGCCCUACAUAACAGGCCAUUGAAUACAUCAGUUACUAUUUAGUGGUCUGCAGUCACAUGAGUAACACCUGUAACAGCAAUAACAGGAAAGACUGACCAACA